GAGACGCCUUGCAGUCGUCAUGUCCGGCAACUACAAUGCGCCCAACGGCGGUGGCGGCAUCUUCGCCGACGGCACCAGCGGCGGCGUCACAGGCGGAGGCUCGGACCCGGCCAACCUCAACAACUACAGCACCUUCUUCGCUGCGGAUCCGAGUGUGCGGUCGCUGAUGCGCACGUCGGACAACAUCGAGCGCACGCGCCGCACCGUGGCCGAGUCGGAGGAGGUGGCCAAGAACGUGCUGGUGGACCUGGAGCUGCAGCGCUCGCAGCUGCACGACAUGAAGGGGAUGGUGUCCGAGACGUCGAGCAUGACGGGCCAGGUGCGCCACCUCCUGCAGAUCAUCGCCGACCGCUCGUACCGGAAGAAAGUGUGUCUCUACAUGAUCAUCGUGGCGCUGUCAAUCACCGACACCCUGGUAUUCUAUCUAUUGUUUGUCCGCUAAGAAAAAAGAAAAACUUCUGCCGAGGAAAUAGUAAGCUGCUUUGCUGCAGCUCCUUGACUUAC